GUCGAGGGCCGGGUUGGAGGCGCAUUCUCCGGGCUCGAAGGGAACCAGCUCUCAGGCACAAGCCAGGAGGGGAUUCGGCUGUGGGGGAGGGGGACUGACAUGUCGCUCGAAGACCCUUUUUUUGUAGUCCGAGGCGAGGUGCAGAAGGCGGUGAACACCGCUCGCGGGCUGCACCAGCGCUGGUGUGAGCUCCUGCAGGAUGGCGCAGCGGUGGGACGCGAGGAGUUGGACUGGACGACCAAUGAACUGCGGAAUGGCCUGCGCAGCAUUGAGUGGGACCUCGAAGACCUGGAAGAGACCAUCGGCAUAGUGGAAGCCAACCCAGGUAAGUUCAAGCUCCCAGCAGGGGACUUGCAGGAGAGAAAGGUGUUCGUGGAGCGUAUGAGGGAGGCUGUUCAGGAAAUGAAGGACCACAUGGUCAGCCCAGCAGCCCUAGUCUUCAUGAAGAGGAAUAACAGAGAGGUGCUGGCAGGCAAGCCAGUUGCUCAGAAGUCACACAGUGACCUGCUGGAUGCCAGUGUGGUCUCAGCCACCUCACGCUACAUCGAGCAGCAGCAAGCCACCCAGCAGCUGAUCAUGGACCAACAGGACCAACAGCUGGAAAUGGUGUCUGGGAGCAUCCGGGUUCUGAAACACAUGUCAGGCCGUGUCGGGGAGGAGUUGGAUGAACAGGGCAUCAUGCUGGAUGCCUUUGCUCAUGAGAUGGACCACACCCAGUCCCGAAUGGACAGGGUACUCAGGAAGAUGGCCAAAGUGUCUCACAUGACCAGUGACCGCAGACAGUGGUGUGCCAUUGCCGUGCUGCUAGGAGUGCUUCUCCUGGUUCUCACGCUGCUCUUCUCCCUCUGACCUUGGCUUUCCUCCCUGGUUCCCUCGGAGCCAUCGAGCCCUUUUGAGCUGGCCCUGCCCCCGGGAGGAGGGUGUGGAACCUGGGGAGCGCUCAUCCAGAGCCAGUGGAACUGUCAGGCCGUGGGCUGGAGCCUCACCCCCUGUCCUGUCUCAAGUGCACUUAGGGAGUGGUGGAGGCGGGAAUCCUGACUCGCUCCACCCCACUUCUGGUGCCCAACGCCACUCGCCCCUGUGCCUUCUACACAUGCCAACUUGGAAAUAAAACCCCAGCUUUUUAUACAAGUUUGUGUCAUC